UCGGUAAUUUAGUAGUUGGUCGCUGGAAGCCUAAAAGGCUAAAACCCUCUCCUCCUUCAGAAGGCUCUCCCUCGCGUUGUUUUGUUGUUGCUUGUACAAAACCCUAGCUCUCCUCUCGUCUGCCCCUCGCUCGCCAAAAUGAAGCUCGUAAGGUUUUUGAUGAAAUUGAACAAUGAGACUGUGUCGAUUGAGCUCAAGAACGGCACCGUUGUACACGGCACCAUUACAGGUGUUGAUAUCAGCAUGAACACGCAUUUGAAGACUGUAAAGCUUAUCUUGAAGGGAAAGAAUCCAGUGACUAUGGAUCAUUUGAGUGUAAGGGGUAAUAAUAUUCGUUAUUACAUCCUUCCUGACAGCUUAAAUCUUGAGACAUUGCUGGUGGAAGAGACACCUAGAGUCAAGCCCAAGAAGCCAACUGCAGGGAGACCUCUGGGGCGUGGCAGGGGCCGUGGUCGUGGGCGUGGACGUGGUAGAGGCCGCUAGAUUUUGCUGCAAUCAUAUCAUUUUUGUAGCAUUUGUCAUGUAAACAUCUGUAUUGAAGAAUUGCAUGUUCCUAGCUAGCAGUACGGGUACCUGAGUAUUGAUCCGUGGAAUGUUUACAGGUAAAGAUCAUUGGAAGUUUAGUAACUUUUGUGAGGUUCCGCUCAAUUCACACGGUCUAUUUUGUACUUUUGCAUGUCUUGUGGGUUCAAUAUAUGAUGAUCUUAUCACUA